ACACACUGCAACAGAGAGAGAGAGAGAGAGAGAGAGAGAGAGAGCGGGCGAGUUGAAACGGGUGGACUCGGCUCUGACAAAAAGGAGCAGUAGCGGCUCAGAGUCUCUGCAGACUGCAGAGAGAAGAGAAGAGAAGAAGAUGAACUUCAGAUCCCUAUGAUAUGUAUAUGCAUACAUAUAUACUCAAACCAAAACCUGAUCUCCAAACCCACAUCUAAAUCCUGCAUUCCUCUCCAUUUCUGAUAUCCGCUGUGGAAGAGAGAUUAGGUGAAUCGAUUAGGGCUUCAUCGGCUGCCAGAAGCCGCUCCAUCGACGUUCAUCUCAAUUUUCAGAUUUUAGCUCUUGGAUUGUCUCUUUGCAUUCAGAAGAGUUCGGAUCGGGUGGAGGCAGGGUUUGACGAUUCGUGGAGUAGUUCGAAUGUGGAUUUCUGAUAACAGCAGCUCACUUGCGAGUGCUUUUGUUUCGAUUUGUUGAUCUAGGUCAGAUAGAUGGAGUUGUUGUAGUUCAAAUUGUAAUUUGAAGUUUUCUGAAGUUUUUUGAGGAUAAAAAACCAGUUUGGUUUCUGGGUUUCUUCUUGUGGAUGAAACCCUAGAAAUAGUUUGAAGUUGUUGGAAGAUAUGCGCUUGUGAACAAGUUCCAUCAUGUUCCUGCUCUGUGGUUUGACUUUUAAUAAGGAAAAUGAGAGGGAUUAUAGUGUUGUCUAGGCAACAGUAAGCAAGGAUUCAAUGGAAGAUUGGUCGAAGUAUGCCCACAGUCCUGUGCAUUUUGCAGUUGCAUCCCGUGACCAUGCAACGCUCAAGAAGGUUAUCUCGACCCUCCCUCGGCUGGCGAAGGCUGGUGAUGUUAACACCGAAGAAGAAUCUCUUGCUGCUGAGCUCCAAGCUGAUGCUGUAUCGGCUGUUAUUGACCAACGAGAUGUUCCGGGCCGUGAGACCCCUCUGCAUCUUGCUGUGCGACUAAGGGAUCCUAUCUCUGCAGAGAUUUUAAUGGCGGCUGGGGCUGACUGGAGUCUUCAGAACGAGAAUGGCUGGAGUGCUCUCCAAGAAGCUGUUUGCAACAGAGAGGAAAAUAUUGCUAUGAUCAUUGCUCGUCAUUACCAGCCUCUUGCCUGGGCCAAAUGGUGCCGGAGGCUUCCUCGCAUUGUCGCUUCUGCGGCUAGAAUUCGUGAUUUUUACAUGGAGAUAACCUUCCAUUUUGAGAGCUCAGUGAUUCCAUUCAUUGGUCGUAUUGCCCCUUCAGAUACUUACCGAAUUUGGAAGCGCGGAUCAAAUCUCCGUGCUGACAUGACUCUUGCUGGAUUUGAUGGAUUCCGGAUUCAACGGUCUGAUCAGACCUUCCUCUUCCUUGGAGAGGGGCAUUCUUCUGAAGAUGGAAAUAUUGUUUUGCCACCUGGCUCCUUGAUUGUACUUGCUCAUAAGGAGAAAGAAAUCACAAAUGCUUUGGAGGGAGCAGGUGCUCAACCGACAGAAGCUGAAGUCGCUCAUGAAGUAGCCUUGAUGUCUCAAACGAAUAUGUACAGGCCAGGCAUUGAUGUUACUCAGGCUGAGCUGGUUCCUCAUCUAACUUGGAGGCGUCAGGAGAGAACUGAGAUGGUUGGGAAUUGGAAGGCCAAGGUCUAUGAUAUGCUUCAUGUGAUGGUCAGUGUGAAAUCAAGGCGGGUCCCUGGUGCAAUGACUGACGAGGAGCUUUUCUCUGUGGAUGAUGAUGAAAGGAUAGGAAAUGGAGGUGAGUAUGAUGAUGUAUUGACGGCUGAAGAAAGAAUGCAGUUAGAUUCUGCACUACGUAUGGGUAAUUCAGAUGCUCCAAAUGAGGAUGAGGAACAUGGGAUCCAGGAUUUCCAUGAAAAUGGUGAUGGGGGCCCAACUGAAAGUUGUGAACCAAAUGGUAUUACGAAAGAGAAGAAGAGUUGGUUUAGUUGGAAUAAGAAAGGGUCAAAACAUGGAGCUGAAGAUCCUGAGGAUUCAAAAAUCUUGAAGAAGUUCUCAAAGUUGGGGCCAGAAGGUAGCAACCAACGAGCUAAUGAUAGUCAAAGAUCAGCUUCUGACAUUCCCAGGGAGGAUGUGGGAGACUCGAGAAAGAACAAAGACAAAAGCAGCAAGAAGAAAAAAAAGAAAGGAGCCACAAACGAGUCUAAGAAUGAAAGUGAAUAUAAAAAGGGUUUAAGGCCUGUUUUAUGGCUGACGCCAGAUUUUCCGCUCAAGACAGAGGAGCUCUUGCCCUUACUCGACAUCUUAGCCAAUAAAGUGAAAGCUGUUAGGAGACUGAGGGAGCUUUUGACCACUAAACUACCUCACGGUACAUUCCCUGUUAAGCUUGCAAUCCCUAUUGUUCCAACUAUUAGGGUUCUCAUUACUUUUACGAAGUUUGAGGAGCUUCAGCCAGCAGAGGAGUUUUCAACCCCUCUCUCCAGCCCUGUACAUUUUGAAGAUGCCAAAUCUAAGGAAUCUUCAGGGUCCACAUCAUGGAUUUCAUGGAUGAGAGGGAGCCACGGCGCACAGUCAAGUGACAGUGAAAGCCGGAGCUUCAGGGAUGAGGUUGACCCUUUCCACAUACCAACUGACUAUGCAUGGGUUGAUGCCAAUGAAAAGAAGCGCCGGAUGAAGGCCAAGAAAGCUAAAAACAAGAAACAUCGGAGGCAAGCAGCAGCUAAAAGUGGGGAUGGGAAGCGUCCAACGAGCGAAGAUCCGGAAGAAUAGUGACUCGACUGAUCCCGGUUGCUACUAUGGAACUGCUUCGGGAUCCUUCGAAAGAUAUGGAGGAGGUAAGGACCAAUCCUUGGAUGCUGACCUCUACCCUUCCCUGCAAUUUCAGUAGAAUGACUGGGAUGAUAGGUGUCGGUGGAUUUUACAGAGAAGAUUGUUCUCUAUCUUCAUUGAUUGUUGUAUUGUUAUGUGAAUUGUUAUGUGAUUUCAAAUUUGUGAGGAAUGGAUUCCCUCCUUUAGUAGCUUGUUUUUUGUUCUUUUUUUUCUUCAUGCAAACCUACCCGUUUUGCCUGUAGCAUAUGUUACUAUCAAGUUUAUGCUUCUGAUUGCAACCC